CAUCGUUGUACACCAAGAAAAAACACCCACAAACUGCGUCUCGCAUCAUGUCAAAUACUGUGUCGGUGGUGCUCCAUCGAGUGAUAGUGGCAUGACCGCGCCAACACGCGCAACAUGGCACGACCAAACCCGGCCGACGCGCCAUCCACGUCCGAGCCGACCAUAGAGCCUUCUACCCCUACGACAAAGCCUACGAAAGCACAGACAGCACCUCCACCCGAGUCGAAGGAGAGCAUAUGGCUCCGCCGCGCUGCGAUUCUCUCCUUUUGGGCAGUUGUCGUCUUGCUAGGACUGCCAGUAUGGUGGAAGACCACAGCCAUCUACAGAGCGGACCUGCCGCUGCAAGACAUGACGAAUUGGGCUGAAGGGAAGAUUUGCAAACCAGUAUUCCCUUUACGCAUCGCCGUCGAAGCUCCAUUUCCCGUCCAAGAUGCCGCGCAGCUCGUCCGACUGACACAACAUGCCAUCGACGACCGUAAUGAAUUCUCUGCACAUCACCUUCGCCUGAUGCCGGCCGAAUCUCCGUGGACUGCGAACGCCUCUCAAGACGUCGUUGUCGACGGAACGAGCGUCAGGAGUGAUGACAAAGACAUCGCUCUCGUGAUUCGCAUGAUCCAAGUGGAGACCGGGGAGACACCGCGAUCGCACCUCCAGCCGUAUUCGUCGACGCUCGAUAUCUACUACUCUGCCACCCAGCUUCCUGCGCAAUCGUCAAACGCCUCACCGCUCGCAGGUUUCAUAGCAGAGGAACUACACACACUUUUCGCUGAGGAACAGGCACAGCUAGCACACCUGCUGGCUGCGCAUCCCGGGGCACAGGCUGCGCGGAGCAAGUCGCUCUCUCCCGAAAAGCAUAGCGAGCUGGAUCGCCAGUCGACAAGGGUCCUCAAGUAUGCACCGACCUACCACCUCACCUUCUCGUUGUUUGGUCCUUCAUACGCACCAUCUGCUUGGAACAUCGAGGCGGCCCUCCAGUCCUACCUGAACCCAUUGCUUGAGUCGUUCUCUGGCAUCAGCAACUUCACUGUUGAUUCACAGGUCCAGUUAUACGCAACUUUCUCUCCCUCCAUCCACCAACCAGAGUACGACGAGAGCUUGAAGGCCUGGACACUCCGGAAGGAAGACCUCAGCGGCUUCAUCAAUGCUGCUGAAUGGCCGCUGAGCCCAAGCAUUGGUGAGGGACCAACUGUGAAUUUUAUUCUAUAUGUACCGGAUGCAAACCAGUCUCCUUUGCUGGUGAAAGAGAGCGCAGCGAACAGUUGGCUGGUUCCGCAAUGGGGCGGUAUACACAUCUUAAACCUCCCAAGCGGCUCAGAUACACCCAGUGUCUUGACCACUGAGGACCUUGCUCCAGCUAUGCACACUUUCUCGGACCAACUGACAUCAUUGUUUGGCCUAGCGCGAGCCCCUGCCUCACUGCCUCUCCGCAUCUCCACACUGGAACGCGUGCGAGCCGCAUCGCUUAUCUUCUCGGCUUCGUCCACCUUGGGUGCACUAGCUCAAGUGUACCAGAAACUGCCGUCCAUUCCUGUACCUGACAACGUGGCUCAAUCCGUAGAUUCCGCUUUGACUCAUCUACAACAAGCAUGCGACUAUCUCCGAGAAGGUCGGUUCCAGAGUGCUUUAGAGCACGCCCGGGUUGCAGAAGUAGAGGCUGAGAAGGCUUUCUUCGAACGAUCCAUGGUCGGUCAGGUCUACUUCCCUGAUGAGCACAAGGUUGCUGUUUACCUACCAUUGCUGGGACCGGUCGCAGUACCUUUGGUCAUGGCUGCGCUCAAGGAGCUCAAGGGCGUGAUAUCUACACUGAGAGGGAGAUGAACAUUGAUGCACUUUCGCAAGUAGUAGGAGCAUACAUAUUACCAGGAUCGAUGUGUGCCAAGUUUAGUCUGUCAGUAGCAGUCGGGCUCUCAUGUUCCAGGACAAACAGCG